AGUAGUUCUCAUUUCAACAUGUAUUAUCCAGCAAAUUAUAACGAAUCCAUGUACAUCAAUUAUGGUCAAAAUUAUCAACAAAAUUUUUAUCCAUUUAACUGGAACUUUCAUAAUGUUAAUUCUACCGAUGGAAUUUUAAAUAUUUCUAAAAAAAGACAAGAAACUGAAGAAGAAAUUGAAAACUUUCUCAAAAAAUCAGAAGAAAAUUCGGAUACAAUAGAUGUAAAAAGUUUUAAGAGACCAUCUAAGAUCGGAGAAGCUAGAACUUCUUUAAUAACGAUGUUUAAAUUAAAUAAAAAGAUAGAGACUAUUCACGAGGAGCUUCAAUGCGAUUCAAGCAUAUCAGAACAAGAAUGGCAGGAAAAAAUGAAGACGUGUGAUAUGUUAAAAAAUCAAAUACUUCAAAUCAUGGAAAAAAUUCAAGAAAAAACUUUUUUUGAUGAAUUACGAAAAGAUAUAGCGAAACGUAAAAAGAAAAGAUUAAGAGAACAAAUUAAAAGACAAAAUUGGAAGGUAGAAAAGUCAGUUAAAAUGGAAAGAAGAGCUAGAUUACACGCAGAAGCAGAUUCAUGGUUAAGACGUGAACAAGCAGUAAUAGAAAAAGAAAAGCAAGAUGAAAAUCUACGUAAAGAUGCAGAUAUGAUAUUAUCAGAUGUAAGAAAUAAACGAAACGAUGCGAAAAAGUAUUUGGUAAUACUACAAGAAUUAAAAAAUUUAAGAAAUGUCAAAACUAACAUUGCCAAAGCAAGAGGAGAAACGAUAUCUAUAGCAGCGAAUACAGCCUUUAAUAACAUCAUUGACAAGUUGUCAGAAACGUGGUCUACAUUAGAUAAAGAAUAUUGUAUUGAAGAAAAAGGCUUAAAAUUAAUGCUAAAAACGGAUAAUGAAAAAUUAAUUGAGAAACAAAAACAAAAUAUUUUCGAUGAAUGGCAAAUUGUAUUGUUUGGAAAAAAAAUUUUAGAUCAGGUUCAAAUAGAUAUUUUCAAUCUUGUAAUAAUGCGAACUGCUUGGGAUAAAUAUAUCAAUUACGAUGCUAAUGAUUCGUCACGAAUUCCAAUUGGUUGGAUAAUACCUAAAAAACCAUCAUCUGCUGCAUGGCAAAAAUGUCUUAAAAAUGAUACAUCUUGAAAUGAUUUAUUAGUUAGGAUCAAUAAGAGAAUUUUUGUAAUUGAAAUAAGAUAAUUUGGGGAUUUUGUUUAGUCUAAAUAAAGUGCCAUGGUGAUAUGUUGUAAUAGAAGCCUAUUGUCCGACAAUGUUUCCUGGUAUAUAAUAUGCAAUAAUUUUUUAUUAAAAUUUAUAAUGGAAAAUGUACAUAAUAUAUUACAGUAAUAAAUCGAUAGAAUUCUGAUGUUUAA